AUGCGCUAUCUCUGCUACUUCUUUCAGCCUCAACGCAUCGUGCAAAUCAGCAGUCUUAACAUCGAAUGGGACCUUGAUCGCAAUCAAUACUUCCAGGUCAACCUGAUGCCUGCGCAUCACCGAGUUGAGUGGUACAGAUUGUGGGAUGGGCUCAGUAAGAUGACUGGACUCAAGAAAUUGCACAUCAAGUUGUACUUCUGUCUCGACCUCUGGCAGGGAUGCUAUGGUGAAUUCUGGGAACAGAAUAGCAAGGAAAUUCUGCAGCCUGUCAAGAAAAUCAAGGCCCCCAGAGACUUUGUCAUCACUCUUCCAAAUUGGCGAUGCUCGACUGAUAUCGAUAUCGGCGAAUCCAACUGCGUCUUUCAACUACCAGAGAGGGACGACCAGGAAAGUAGCGCGUCCUGA